AUGUUUAAGAAAUUUACACGUGAGGAUGUUCACUCUAGGUCAAACGUAAAAUCAUCCGUCCAGAGAACGUUGAAGUCCAAAUUGGUUUCUCAGUUUCCAAAGCUGGAAGAAGUUAUUGACGAGUUAAUCCCAAAAAAAAGUCAGGUUGAGCUUAUCAAAUGUGAAGAUAAAAUUCAAUUAUAUGCCGUCGACGGUGAAGUUUACUUUUUCCAAAACUUCAACGAGCUUAUUCCUACGCUGAAAUUUGUUCAUAAGUUUCCAGAAGCAUUUCCAACAGUUCAGGUUGAUAGAGGAGCAAUCAAAUUCGUUUUAUCAGGUGCAAAUAUCAUGUGUCCAGGCUUAACGUCCCCUGGUGCCAAUUUGCCGGAUGCUCCAGGGUUGGAAAAGGAGGCCCUGGUUAUUGUUAAUGCUGAGAACAAAGAGAAUGCGUUAGCAAUUGGGAGAUUGCUUAUGAGUACGGAAGACAUUAAAUCCAUUAAUAAAGGGCAUGGUGUUGAACUGAUUCACUACCUAGGUGACUGUCUGUGGAACUUUUCUGUUGAGUAA